AUGGGCGUCGUCGACCUUGACUGUAUCGCCUCAAACCCAAACUCGACAAUCCUCUACGGAAUCGGUAACGGCGAGGACUCCGGGGGUGAGGUUAUCACCACCAUUUAUCGUUCCAACAUCAAUCCCGCCAAUGCCACCGAUAUCAAAUGGGAACAACGGCGUUCGGCCUUCUCUCGCAAUUCCGACACGCCCGGUGCCCAACCUCAUUUCAAGUACUCCCGGUUUGGCGGCGUUGAUUGUGCAGUGAGCACCUCGGGUGAAUUUACGGCCUUCUUUUAUAACCCAGUGUUCGCAGUGACGGGGAGCGCUAGACCGGUGCCGAUGGGGAUUCGGCUCCAUAAUAAUUGGAUGCAGCCGACGCUAGAAAUCUAUGGGUCGACGAUGUAUGGAUGGACGAAUCAAAACUUUGUGCACCAGUCGUUUUAUAUCGAGAAGGAUGGGGUCGAGUCGGUUGUGCAUGCUGUCAUGGAUGAGACUGCAUCGGUGAUUCGGUUUGGGUUGGUCGACAAAGAUACGGGCUAUCUCCAGUUGGCUGCCAUCUGGAAGCUGGUCGACGGGAGGUUCAUGGUAGGGGAGCUGACAGAUAAGAUCCCCAAGCUUCCUAAUCCAAUGUCAACAACGUUCGCCAUACAAUACUCCCCAGCGCCAACCAUCAACACCGACCAGAGGCACAUGGUCUACCAGAACGGUAGUCUGUACCUUUAUUCAGAUACCACAGGCCUCAUCUCGUCGUUCCCGUUCUCAAGCCCUCUCACAACUCCAACACAAAAGGAUUUUUUUCAAGCAACUCCCAUCCCAACCAGCAGGAGGAACAUGUUCUUUCAAGGAAUGAGACAAAACUCGUCGUACCUCGGAUACCUGGCACGAGUGGACAGUCUUAUCGAUAUUGAAGAUGAUUCGCUGAAUAUCAACAUGACUAUGCAGCUCUCAACAAUUGAAGUCUCCUUCGACCUCACAGUUUCUCCCACUACCAAAAGUACAACGCGCAACGCCACGAUGGACCGCUAUGGAAUCUACAAGGACGUGGCUUACCUCCAGACCAUGGGAGGGCAACUCCCAGGCCAAGUGCCCUUUGCAGUCGGUCUUACGGCGGAGGGGUACUAUGGCAUCACACUGGACGGGACGUCCAUGGGAAGCAUGGUCCCUUUUGAGGAUCGUUCCUCCAUCAUCGAGGGGGUAGAAGACCGAUACACCCGAAGUCGAUUCCGGAACCACGACCAACAAGUCGUCCCCGGAUACAAGGAGCCUAUCGAGUUGUCCGCAGGGGAGAUUUUUGGUGUCGUCAUGGGGGUCAUUUUUGGAUUCCUAAUACUGCUGUAUCCCAUCGGUAAAUUCAGCAAAUGGUUGGAGAAGAUUCGAUUGGAUGAUGAGAGGCGGGCGGUGGAGAGCGAGUCGUUUGAGUUAAUUGCUAGGUUACGGCAUGCCAAUGCACAACCCAGUAGCGAUCCUUCUUCAACGACAACAGCAGUAGGAGGAGGAGGAAGAAUGGAAAGAUUGCCGUUUGACUCGUCUUCGGCCAACACUACCUCCCAUACUCUACUGAAUGACCUUGGGCUUACAAGACACCCUCGACCUAAUACCGUUAUUACCAUUGGAGAUGGUGUGGAUGAGUCGGUUUAG